AUGAGCGCCCUAGCCGAGGAGCAGCCCCUGAGCGGCAAGUCGUCGCUGGUGACGAACGUCCUCGAGGCCGCCGGCGCCACGCAGCCCGAGGAGAGUCUGGAAGACGCAUGGGAGCGAAUGCAAAAGAGUUCGUCGGCGCAACGCGUCGAUGUGAGUUAUGAGCAGUCCAAGGUCGAGGACAGUAGUGUAGCUGAGCAGGACGCGCGCCUCGCCCGGUUUGGUUUAGGUGUGGAGUUGGACGCGAGCGUCGGCCGGAAGCUCGUGGCCCGCCGCGCGUUCCAGGAGGGCAGCUGCGUGCUGAAGGUCGAGCCCUUCGCGGCGGCAUUAUUACCGCGGUGCCGAGAACGGCGGUGCGCGCACUGUUUUUGUAGCAUCGAGGCUGGCCAUAGAAAAAAGUGCGGUGGCUGCGGUCAUGUUUUGUACUGCGGCCCGGCCUGCCAGAAGAAGGACUGGAAGAGUCACCAUAGGAGGGAGUGCGAUGGCGGGCCCGCUUUAUCCGCAGCGCUGAAUAACGACGAGACCGCCGUCUCGGACGCUAUUUUGGCGUGCCGGGCCGCGCGGCGCAUGCGCAAGAACGACCUGCGCUCGAGACCCGUCGGCGAGAAGGGUGCUAUUGAAGAUGUAAAAUUGAUGCUCAAAUUUUGUACAAGUGAAGACGACGCCAGAGCUCGAGCCAUUGCAAGGCACUGCGUCGGCGCCGACUGGUGUGCGGAGCCUGACGUCGAGUUGGUCCAGAAGCUGAUCAAAGCGAGUGGAAGGAACAAUUUUUGUAGGCAGGACGACGUGUUGGACGAAGUAUCGGCGCUGUUGUCGCCCGUGGGGGCUUUACUGAAUCACUCGUGUUAUCCAACAACCUGCGUGGCCUACGACGCGCAGGGGAGGCAGUGCUUCAUGGCGUGCCGCAAUAUAUCAGAGGGGGACGAAAUUACACAUUCUUAUGUGGACUGCGGCGUGCCGACGGAGCAGCGACGGGAAAGGCUGAGAUCAAUUUAUGGCUUCGACUGCGCGUGUGAAAGAUGUACCGCACCUUGGAGCGCGCGGGACGCGUUGUUGGACGGUGAUGAAGAAGGUAGAUCAGUCUCCCCACAACGUUUAGUGAGAAACGAGCGACUGCGACGGGAGGCGCACGAAAAAGAGGGGGAUGAGGAGGCCGCGCUGCUGGACGAAGCGCUGGCAGCGCUCGGAAAUUGCUCCGAGACGCACGUGCACCGGGUCCAGACGCAGCAGGCCCGGGCGGAGUGCGCGCUCGGGUCCGAGAGGUAUGAUGACGCGCUCGAGCUCUUCCGCGAGGUCGCCGAAUUGCGAGAAAAGAUCUACGCGCCCCUCCCGCACGCGCGCGUCGCGCUCGACUACUUCACAUUGUACGAGAUCGCGAACUGGCAGGGCGACGCGCGGACGGCGCGGGCCGCGCGCGAGCGGGCGCGCUGGCACUUGGAGCGGACGGCCGCGCCGGACGACCGGCGGCUCGAGGACCUGCACGUCGCCGCGGCGAUCACGUCCAAUCAAACGGCGGACCUCGCGGAGGGCAUGAUCGGCUUCAGUGUCGACGACGGAGGGGAUUGGGAGGCGCCGCCCGACGACGACGACGUCUGGGAGCCGGUCGAGCGGGGGAGCGAAUAA